AUGGCUUCUAAAACUUUGAACAUUGCAAUUAUCGGCGCUGGGGUCGUGGGGUCGAGUUUUUUGAAACAAUUGGCCUCGGUAAAAUCCCAAAUUUCUUACAAUUUGAUCUUGCUUUCAACGUCAAGAAAGGCAUUGAUUUCCAAAGAUUACAAGCCAUUGAGCUUGCAAUCCUGGGAGUCUGAUCUGGCCAAGACCACAGAAGCUCCCUUGUCUUUGGACGAGCUUUUGCAGUUUUUGAAAAAAUCUCCAGAACCUGUCAUUUUCGUUGAUAACACCUCCAAUGACUCCAUUGCAAAUUUCUAUCCAUCCUUGUUGCAGAACGGUAUUUCCAUUGCAACGCCAAAUAAAAAGGCCUUUUCUUCGGGUCUUUCUUUGUGGAACGAAAUCUUCAACGGCAACGAGUCGUCCGGCCUUGUCUACCACGAAGCCACCGUUGGAGCCGGUUUGCCUAUCAUUGGACCUCUGAACGACAUUGUUAACACCGGCGAUAAGGUUCAGAAAAUUGAGGGUAUUUUCUCUGGCAGUCUUUCCUUCAUCUUAAACACGUUUUCGUCCUCCAACCAAAAGUUCUCCGACAUUGUCAAAAAGGCUAAGGAAUUAGGUUACACCGAACCGGACCCUAGAGACGAUCUUAACGGUUUGGAUGUGGCCAGAAAGGUCACCAUUUUGGCCAGAAUCGCAGGAUUCAAGGUCGAAUCCCCAACUUCCUUCCCCGUUAACUCUCUCAUUCCUAAACCAUUGGAAAGCGUUUCCUCUGGUGAGGAGUACUUGCAAAAGCUACCCGAUUUUGAUCAUGAGAUGGAACAAUUGAAGCAGGAGGCUGCCGCAGAUAACAAAGUCCUUAGAUUUGUUGGUAAGGUGGACUUCCCUAACAAUUUGGUUUCUGUCGGAAUUGAAAAGUACGAUGUUGCGCACCCUUUUGCUUCUUUGAAGGGCUCCGACAACGUGGUUUCCUUCCAAACUGAUCGUUAUCCUAACCCAUUGAUCGUUCAAGGUGCCGGUGCCGGUGCCGAUGUGACAGCUGCAGGUGUUCUGGCCGAUGUCUUCAAGAUUGCUCAAAGACUUUAA